CUGUCAAUUAACGCCAGAAACCCAGUCAAAGAAAAGAUCCAAAAAAACAAGUAGCGUCUGCUGAGCGCUACGUUUGUUGUGGACGGCUCACGGCCUGAGUGAUCCCUCCCCCCCUUCUCUUCGCCUCCCCUCCGGAACAUAAAUCACACUGGCAGUGAUGUUGUUUACACAUUAUGGCGGCUCCCUUGAGUUGACCGCCCUUUCAUCAACACUUAUGACGGGACUUUUGUCUUUAUUUAAGUUCAGGGCAAGGUAGAACUAAUGAGAACCGUAUUUAGUCCCCUCUUAUGUGACCAAAACGCUAAUUAUUUUGUAAUGUCACAAUCAAACACGUUAUCUGUGCUGCACAGCCGGUAGUGGUUUGAGUUUGUCAGUUUGACGUCGAAAAUGAUUCUCCUAGUAGAUUCUCGCGAAGCCAUUCCUGAAUUUAUCAACUUUACAAAGUGCAACCCGGUUUCAACUGAAAAUGGAUUUUUGGUCAGCGUACAAUCUUCCUCCCUUAUGAUUUGGAUUGAAGACAAUAAGGUGGUUCUCGACACUGGGCAUGGGCUACCAAUAACUACAGUCUGUGUUUCGGCUUCUUCAAACCCAUAUGUAUGCUCAUGUAGUGACGACAAAGUUAUAAUGUGGAGUCUGGAAGACUUCUCCAGCAAUCAUAACAGCAGAACACCAAAUCCUGGUUUACUUGUUGGUUUGGAGCUAGGAUCCAUUAGUGACUGUUCCAUCAGCUGUGACAAUACUUGGCUUGCGCUCUGCAGAGAAAGUGAUGUUUUGAUAGUACGUCUGCAGCACACUGACGGAGUAUUAAAUGCAGUCUCCCAUCACGCCACACUUGAGUCUCCUGGGGAGGCCCCAUCAUUUUGCCGUUUCUCACCAAUGGUUGCUAACCUUCUAGUCACUGCGGAUGACUCCAAUACAUUUAAGGUGUGGGACACUCAGUCAGGCCAAGUGGUCCACCACGCGGCCCUGGGUGGCUGGCACCGCAUUUCUUUCUGUGAGUUUGUUCUGUGUGGCUCGCACCAGGGGCACUUGCUGGUGGGCUCAAACCGGGGAGUUCUUCACCUUUUCUCUGUCAGCAUCAGCAAGCCUCCGAGGGGCAUGGGCCACGUGUCUGCGACUCCUCCAUCGCGGAGUUCGGUCUCGGUGACCGCCGACGACUUGGGUGUAGUGGCAAACACCGAAAAAGGGUCCAAGUCGGGGAAUGACCACAUCACGGCGAGCCGACUCCCCGCCACGCCUCCGGGUAUGCCUCCGAGUACGCCCCCGGCCGGGCCUCCUGCUUGUCCUUGCGAAACGAGACUCUGA